AUGAAGUCCUUACUCUUGACAUCAGCCCUAUUAUCACUUCUCCAUACAAGUCAUUCGUUGCCAAUCCCAGAAGUAUCGGAUGCCUUGCAGAACAUCCUUGAAAACACGCACAAGAGCACUCUAUACGCAUAUCCCACAGACUUCACACGUGAGAUUAUACCGAAACCAUUACAUUCUCACAACGACUACUGGCGAGAUGUUCCUUUCUACUCGGCCUUGGCUUACGGCGCUGUGUCCGCUGAGGCAGAUGUCUGGUUGAUCAAUGGCACACUCUUUAUUGGCCACGAGGAAAGCGCCUUGACAGCGGAGCGCACAUUCAGCAGCCUUUACAUAAACCCAAUUCUCGGCACCCUCAGACGGCAGAACCCAACCACUGCAUUCGUGCAUGAGGAGACUCGAAAUGGUGUCUUUGAUGCUGCCGCCGGCCAGACCCUCUACCUCUUCAUCGAUUUCAAGACCCGAGAUGGCGGAGAGUUCGAAGCUGCCGAGGAGGCUCUCCAACCCCUCCUCGAUGCCACCUAUCUGACCGUCUACAACGGCAGCGCUUUAGUCCGCGGGCCCGUGACCGUCAUCGGCACAGGCUACACAGCCUUAUCCGCCGUAGUCGCGCAGGAGCCUCGCUACAUCUUCUACGACGCCCCGCUAGCAAAUCUUAGCAAGCCAGGCUAUGAGAACAUCACUAGCGCCGUCUCGCAGAUCGCCUCUACGUCGUUCACUAGCAAUUUCGGCCGCGUCAUGAGGCAGAGAGCACCUGAUUCUGAGGGGCCGCUGAACUCGACUCAGUUGGAGCUUCUGCGGGGCCAUGUCAGCACGGCGCAUGAGCGUGGGAUCUUAACGAGGUAUUGGGCUACGCCCAGCUAUCCUAUCGGCACGCGGAAUGCGGUAUGGCGGACGUUGAUCGAUGAGGGAGUGGAUCUGCUGAAUGUGGAUGAUUUGGCUGGCGCGGCUGGUUUCUGGGAGGGUAGUGGCUAG